UACAGGGUAAUACUACACUAUAUGUUUCUGUAAUGGGGGCCCGUGUCAGGCGAAGCAAUUGUCUGCAGACAGAACUUGUAAAUCACUUAAUAUGUGUUGGGAAAUUUAUGGAUUUAAGUGACAUUCUGUAUAUUUUUGUCAUCUUACUGUUCACCUGAGUGAGCCCCAUUCUUAAAUAACAAUUAAACACCUUCCACAAAGCAGUAGGAGUAUUUUAAAUUAAACAUCUGUAUUUUGUCCAAAAAUAGAUCCCCCUAAACUAUACAGGAAAAAUAUCUCAAAUGCAAAACUAUAUCACAUUUUCAGAUGAUCAUGUUAUCUACUUAUAACCAUGGAGACGGUUAUUAAUUUGUGGUUUAUUAUAGCGAAACACAGUUAUGUAAUUGAAGUAAUAUGGCAGUAUAGCUUUUUCAAAAUUAUUAAUGGUUUAACACAUACAUUGCAAUCUCUGCCGUGGUUCUGAAGUUUAAAGAGACUGGGAGUGUAUGGUUUCAUGCAUACUUGGGAUGGGAGGUUUGGUCUUGGAGCAGGAAGACACAGCGGCAUCUCUGAGCUCAUGCAACUGUGCCACAGUCCAUUCAUGAGAUGUUCCACAGGCCUGGGUGGAACAUGGAUGAUGGGACAGUUACUGCUUAGUUUGCAAGCAUACAAUGAAACAAACAGAGUUUAUAAAGGACCUUAAAAUAGCUUAUGCAGAACAUAAUGAAUGAAAAACUGUUGUACAUAGUGUGGCGUGUUCAUGGUUAACAGGGACCUGCUGACUAGGGAACUGCAGCAGGUUUGAUUGUGUAUUUAUUGCACCUACAAAUUAUACACAGCUUACAAUGAAAGAAGAGUGAGUGAAUAAAGUACACGGUGCUCAUAAGUGAUAGAUCAAAUAUUCAUCAGGCAUAAAGAUGAUCAGUGAGCACCAUUAAAAACUAACACUCCAUGCAUGUAUGAUGUUUACAUAGAUGAUACACAACCCAUGUGGUGAAGUCAUGUCAACUGGCAAUGCAUUGAAUGUUUAGUAUUUUCAUCUCUCUGACUAUAUAAAUUGCUGUGGAUGACUUGGCUAAAAGCUUCUGCUCUUUUUGACUCCAAACUACUGAACAAAGUGUUUCUCUUUUCAAAUUGACUUUGUUUACAUUCUGACCCUGUACUGGAUAAGCAGUUAGGGAUGGAUGGGUGUAACUCUGUUGAGAUUAAGGCUGGAUCGAGACAGAGCCCUGUUGGAGCUGAAUUCUUAUUCCGAGGGGGAUUAGAGCUGAAGAGAGAUUUCUGAAGAGCGAAACUUCAACUCUGUGAGUUUUUUUUUUUUUUUUCAGAAAUGGGAAAUGGGGUGUCAGUGCUGCGCCAUCGAUUGAUUGCUGCUUUGGCCAAUCAAAUGAUACGUAUGUAACUAGGAAGGUGGGAAUAUGAAAAAUAAGGUCCAGACAAAGACAGAAAAAGGCAAUAACAGUUUUAGGCGCUGUUCUAUGUAAUCAUAUGUCUUCGGGUGAUUUAUCAUACCAGAAUUGGUAGUUCGGUAGUUACUGUUGACCAAGACAGAUAACUGAAAAUAGCUCCUGGAGAAAAGGAGGGGGGAAAUGCAAAUUUAGAAGUAUUUUACAAAGAGGACCUUGAAAUAAUUAAAGAUACCAAAGUGGGUAAUAGUCGUAGGCUGUGACCUGCAAGCUCCAGAGAGAUAAAAGGUUAUGUUGUUUCGUAAUUUUCUUAUGUCCCUUGUCUUCAGAUCCAGAAGUCAUGGGAAACAAAAGACAGAACUUAAUGUUAAAAGCAGCAUAUCAAAAAUAAAUGUGGCAACACUGGAAACUACACAGGAGUGUGAUUCUGUCUUAAAAUUCAAUCCUAAAAGGGGAAUCUUUAGAUUUCUUCAUUCUGAGUGGGAGGUUAGAAACCUGCCAUUAAAUAAGUAGGACCCUUAAAAACGGCUGCUACUGACUGCGAAAUUGGAAACAUAUAUAUUUGCGUCAGUUUCAUUUAUAAAUUAAGCGACGUGUGACCAUCGGUCUCUCGACAGGAUCUAAGGAUGGAUUUUUGGUUUCGUCGGACUUAACAUCUCGCUAUAUAAUAGCCUAAUAUUGAAAUUGUUUGAUACGCCUGUAAAUAUAUAUAAAUCUGGGUUUUAAUAAUGUUUGGUAGCGAUUAUUUCAAUUUUAUGAACGGUUUAAUUUUUUUUCACGUUUCAGUAAUUUUUUUGAAAGUCAACGUUGCCCUGGAACGUUAGAUGUGACCAUGAAUGACACUGAAACAAUCCGAAAAAGUUUUUUAAAAGGACGUUCUCGUUUUGUGUCUCUUUUGGGUAUUUGGAGACAGUUAGGUGACAUCCACCUGUGACAUUUUUCGUAACUAAACACAGGAAGUGUGGUUACCGAGCUGUCAUUUACCAGCAGACGGAAGUGUUAACAAACAACUCGUCUCGCAAAUGCGAGCGUUAUCACUCAUAUCGUAUUUCUUGCAGCUUAUUUAAAAAAAAAAGUUUUUGCUUACCGACUAGUUACGAAUAACAUUUUCAAGACAGAAAACUGAAAAUAACGGGAGGCAAAGAAGGAGAAAAAGGUUUCCAGGCUCCUAAGUCACUGCGUCGUGACGACGGCAUCAUGUCCCCUUUCCUGAGAAUCAGUUUCUUGAACUUUGAGAUGGAUCCAGGUGUGCCACAGUACGAAGAGGAGCUUAAGCCAUAUUGUGUUGUGUACAUCAAGGAGGUGGUGGAGACAGAGAAGGGGCAGAUUUACAAGCAAAAUAAGCCCACCAUGUUCCCACGAUGGAACAACACGUUUGAUGCCCACAUCCACAAAGGCCGUGUCAUGCAUGUGGUGGUCAGAGACAAGGUGGUGCAAUUCAAGUCUGAGGCCACAAUGCAGCUGGACUUACUUGCUACACGCUGCAAGAAAGAGAAUGGCAAACUGGAGAUCUGGGUGGAGCUGAAACCAGUGGGUCGCUUGAUGAUGGAGGCCAGGUACUUCCUGGAGAAGAGUGACGCUACAGGGACGACCAAGGGCGAGGAGGAAGUAGAUGGGAUUAGGGAAGGACCCUUCACUCUCCAUCAGCGGCGCGGUGCCAUCAAGCAGGCCAAGGUCCACAUGGUGAAGGGCCACGAGUUCACAGCCACCUUCUUCCCACAACCGACCUUCUGCUCUGUCUGCAAGGAGUUUGUAUGGGGCCUGAAUAAGCAGGGGUACCAGUGUAAACAGUGCAGUGUGGCCAUACACAAGAAGUGUAUUGACAAAGUGAUCGCCACUUGCACGGGAUCGGCCAUCAACAGAAAUGAAACUAUGAACCUCAAGGAGCGGUUUAAAAUCGACAUGCCCCAUAGGUUUAAAGUGUACAACUACAAGAGUCCCACCUUCUGCCAGCACUGUGGAACGUUGCUGUGGGGUUUGGCUAAACAGGGCCUCAAGUGUGAAGAGUGUGGAAUGAAUGUGCAUCACAAGUGCCUGAUGAAAGUGGCCAACCUGUGUGGGGUGAAUCAAAAGCUGAUGGCUGAGACACUUGCCACCAUUGGGAUCACCCAGCAGGCCCGAAACUCCCGUGGAUAUGACUUGUUUGGGAGCGGCCCCACGGGGACUGGACAGGCGAGCCCCCCAGAGCCGUCAGGCACUACACCAUCAUCUGUGGCCCCAUCUGCAAGCCGGAAAGAUUACCCGGGCAUCUUCUGGGACAGACCCAUGGAGGGAGAACAGUUCGCUCCACAAGGCCAGGAGACGCCCUCUGUUGUACCUCAGAACGAGGCCUACAAGUUCACUAUCGACGACUUCACACUGCACAAGAUGCUGGGGAAGGGCAGCUUUGGCAAGGUGUUUUUAGCUGAACUCAAGUCGAACAAUCAGUUCUUCGCAAUAAAGGCCCUGAAGAAGGAUGUGGUACUGAUGGACGAUGAUGUUGAGUGCACCAUGGUGGAAAGAAGGGUUUUGUCUCUAGCCUGGGGGCAUCCUUUCCUCACACACCUAUACUGUACCUUCCAGACUAAGGAAAAUCUGUUUUUUGUAAUGGAGUACUUGAAUGGAGGUGACCUGAUGUUCCACAUACAGAACUGCCAAAAGUUCGACCUGCAAAGAUCCAUAUUCUACGGUGCUGAGAUCAUAUGUGGUCUCCAGUUCCUUCACUCCAAAGGCAUCAUAUACAGGGACUUAAAACUGGACAAUGUGCUACUGGAUGCUGACGGGCACAUCAAGAUCGCUGACUUUGGCAUGUGUAAGGAAAACAUGUAUGGAGAUGCUCGGACGUCCACCUUCUGCGGGACCCCAGACUACAUUGCACCUGAGAUCCUGCUGGAGCAGAAAUAUGGGUAUUCUGUGGAUUGGUGGUCUUUUGGGGUCCUGCUGUACGAGAUGUUAAUUGGCCAGUCGCCUUUCCAUGGUCACGACGAGGAGGAGCUCUUCCAGUCCAUUCGCACUGAUGAUCCUGUCUAUCCUCCUUGGCUCCCCAUGGACGCCCAUGACAUUCUGAUUAAGCUCUUUGUGCGGGAGCCAGAACGCAGGCUGGGAGUGAAAGGGAACAUCCGGCAGCACAGCUUCUUCCGAGAUGUGGACUGGACUGCGCUGGAGGGCCGGCAGGUGGAGCCUCCAUUUCGACCCAUCGUGAAAUCCCCAAAUGACUGCAGUAACUUUGACCGAGAAUUCAUCAACGAGAAGCCCCGACUUUCUUGUGUGGACCGCACACUACUUAACAGCGUGGACCAGACCAUGUUCAACAACUUCUCCUUCGUCGCCCCGAGGAUGGAGCGCUUCAAGGCCUCCUGAUUUUCAGAGGCAUUAAUAAGCGACGUCACCGGCGUGCUUGAGCCUGUGCCGUUGUCACGGGCAUCUCUCAGCAUCGAUACGAGGUAGUCAGCUGCGAUCAAUCACUGAGAUACAAGAGAAUGAUGGAUUCAAGUCCAAGAGGAAGUCAGCAGUAGUAAAUUUGCUGAGAUGAUGAGAAAAGUUUAUUGCGAGAGUAAAUAACUUGGGUUACAGGACUCAGCCUCUGGACUAAUUGCCAUUCGGUUUUGCACAAUAUUAAUGACGAAUAAGAAUUUUCAGUGUUGAUUCCAUUGGAAUGAGAAAUUAUCAUUUGUUACCGCACAACUUAACUAGCACAAGUUGUCCAUGCGUGCCGUAAGUAUCACAGUGGGUCAACAGCUCUGUAGUACUGCAUUAAAAUGUUAUGUAUUCAAA